UUCCAGAAAUGCGCACGUUGCUCUGGGGGAAGGCAGAUUUCCUCGAAAUGAUACACACAACGAGUGUCCCCGAGGAGGGAAAGCUACAAAAAAAUCCUCCCUCUAACGUGUGAAGAUUCUUUGUAGCAGAGUAAUAGUAGGUGGGAAUUAAUGUUUGAGUUAAAAUCCAGUUCUGUGUUAAAAACCUCACCGAAACUCUGUAUUGCAACACAAUCAGCAGAAGGGAAAGAAACGAGCUGCUUAAGAGUUUUUUUCCAUGUGGAUGGACAUCACCUGAGUCUUCCUACAGAAUUUUAGAUCACUUGCAUUGAUCUAUAAUUGCAACAUGAGUGGCUCCAAACCUGAUAUUCUCUGGGCUCCACACCAUGUUGAUAGAUUCGUUGUAUGUGACUCAGAAUUGAGCCUCUAUCACAUUGAGUCUGCUGUCAGUUCAGAACUCAAAGCAGGAUCCUUGCGAUUAUCAGAAGAAACUACAGCUAUGUUAUUGUCAAUAAAUUCAGACACGCCAUACAUGAAAUGUGUGGCUUGGUAUCCAAAAUAUGAUCCUGAAUGUCUGCUAGCCGUCGGACAAGCAAACGGUCGAGUUGUCCUUACCAGUCUGGGCCAGGAUCACAACUCAAAGUCCAAAGAGCUGAUAGGAAAAGAAUUUGUUCCAAAACAUGCACGGCAAUGUAAUACCUUAGCGUGGAAUCCAUUGGACAGCAAUUGGCUUGCUGCUGGCCUGGAUAAACAUCGGGCUGACUUUUCAGUAUUGAUCUGGGAUAUAAGUAGCAAAUACACUCCAGAGAGUGCAGUUGCCACAGAGAAAGUGAGACUUUCAGCUGGAGAUACUGAAGCUGGGCUGGUAGUGACGAAGCCGCUUUAUGAAUUAGGACAGAAUGAUGCUUGUCUUUCUCUUUGCUGGCUUCCACGGGACCAGAAACUUCUUUUAGCUGGAAUGCACCGAAACUUGGCUAUCUUUGACCUUAGAAAUACAAGCCAAAAAAUGUUUGUAAAUACCAAGGCAGUUCAGGGAGUGACUGUAGACCCAUACUUCCAUGAUCGUGUGGCUUCCUUCUAUGAAGGUCAGGUUGCCAUAUGGGAUCUCAGAAAAUUUGAAAAGCCUGUUUUAACCCUAACAGAGCAACCAAAGCCCCUAACAAAAGUAGCUUGGUGUCCAACAAGAACUGGACUGCUAGCUACUUUAACUAGGGAUAGUAAUAUUAUUAGAUUGUAUGAUAUGCAGCAUACUCCCACACCUAUUGGAGAUGAAACUGAACCUACAAUAAUUGAACGAAGUGUGCAACCCUGUGACAAUUAUAUUGCUUCCUUUGCAUGGCAUCCCACAAGUCAAAAUCGAAUGGUAGUUGUGACUCCCAACAGAACUAUGUCUGACUUCACAGUUUUUGAAAGGAUUUCUCUGGCAUGGAGUCCAGUUACAUCUCUUAUGUGGGCUUGUGGCCGACACUUGUACGAAUGCACAGAGGAAGGAAAGGCUAGUUCCUUAGAAAAAGACAUAGCCACCAAAAUGCGUCUCAGGGCUUUAUCCAGGUAUGGCCUUGAUACUGAACAGGUCUGGAGAAACCAUCUUCUAGCUGGAAAUGAAGAUUCUCAGCUGAAGUCGCUUUGGUACACUCUGCACUUUAUGAAACAAUAUACUGAAGAUAUGGAUCAGAAGCUUACAGGAAACAAAGGGUCCUUAGUUUAUGCAGGCAUUAAAUCAAUUGUGAAGUCAUCUUUGGGGACAACAGAGAGUCUGAGGCAUAGAAGGAGUGGGUCGGAUAGGCAGGCAGAUAUUAUUCAGUAUCUAAGUGAGGAGAGGUCAUUGGCGUUGCAGCUCUGUGGGUGGAUAAAGAAGGGAAUGGAUCUAGAUGUGGAACCCUUUCUAAAUUCUUUGGAACAAGAAGGAGACUGGGAGAGAGCUGCUGCUGUGGCACUUUUCAACUUGGACAUACGGCGAGCAAUCCAGAUCCUAAAUAAAGGAGCUUCUUCUGGAAAAGGUGAUCUGAACCUCAAUGUAGUAGCAAUGGCUUUAUCAGGAUAUACAGAUGAGAAGAACUCCCUUUGGAGAGAAAUGUGCAGCACUCUGAGAUUACAACUAAACAACCCCUACUUGUGUGCCAUGUUUGCUUUUCUGACAAGUGAAUCUGGUUCGUAUGAUGGAGUUUUGUAUGAGAAUAAGGUAGCAGUACGAGACAGAGUGGCAUUUGCGUGUAAAUUCCUCAAUGAUGCACAGCUGAAUAGAUUCAUUGAAAAGCUGACAAAUGAACUGAAAGAUGCUGGGAACUUGGAAGGAAUUCUUCUGACAGGACUGACAAAAGAUGGAGUGGACUUAAUGGAAAGUUACGUUGAUAGAACUGGGGAUGUCCAGACAGCAAGCUAUUGUAUGCUCCAGGGCUCUCCAUCUGACGUACUUAAGGAUGAAAGGGUUCAAUAUUGGAUUGAGAAUUACAGGAAUUUGUUGGAUGCUUGGAGGUUCUGGCAUAAACGAGCAGAAUUUGACAUCCAUAGGAGUAAGCUGGAUCCCAGUUCAAAACCUUUAGCGCAGGUAUUUGUGAGUUGCAAUUUCUGUGGGAAAUCAAUCUCUUAUAGCUGUUCAGCCAUACCUCAUCAAGGCCGAGGUUUUAGUCAAUAUGGAGUAAGUGGCUCACCAACCAAGUCAAAGGUUACAAGUUGUCCUGGUUGUCGGAAACCCCUUCCUCGCUGUGCACUUUGCCUAAUAAAUAUGGGGACUCCAGUUUCCAGCUGCCCUGGAGUAUCAAAGUCAGAUGAAAAGGUGGAUCUUAGCAAGGACAAGAAAUUAGCCCAGUUCAACAACUGGUUUACGUGGUGCCACAACUGCAGGCAUGGUGGUCAUGCUGGACACAUGCUCAGCUGGUUCAGGGACCAUACUGAGUGUCCAGUUUCUGCGUGUUCAUGUAAAUGUAUGCAGUUGGAUACUACAGGGAAUCUCAUCCCAGCAGAGACUGUUCAGCCAUAAAACAACCAAGUUUAAAAAUGUGGGCCUAAUAAAUGUCCUUCACAGCCUAUACAUACCUCAGAACAAGUAACUCAUGAAUCGUCUAUAGUGGAAAAAUAAAUCAUUCUGUUGGAUCAGCAGUUUUGGCGUGUGAAUAGUUUAGAUGUGCUUCACAGAGCCAGGUGUUGCUGGAAUGAACCUUUUUAAAUGUGCCUUUUUAAAUGUGCCACUAUAGUCAGUUGUUGAAACAGAUCCUUUUAGAAAUACUUCCACAGGUUUUAUUGAAAUUCAGUAAGAUUUUUUUUCAGAGCAGGCUAUUCUCUUGUAGCUACUAUAUUAAUUCAUUAUGUAUGCUGUAUAUACUCUAUCAUAAGCCGCCCCUUCCCCCCACCCCCUCCCGCACCUCCUGAGGUCACUUCCAACCCUGAUAUUCUAUGAUUCAGAGUAACAGUGAACAAUCCAUGAAUUCGCCAUCUGAAAUGAGCCAGUAUUAUAUACUGUUUUAAUAUGAUUUCUGGGCUUUCAAAAUAGAUAAUUGAAGACUGUUAUUGAGCAAAUCCCUGAGUUAUGCUGUAGCUUUCUAUUUUCAUUCAUCGCUGCUCAUUAUAUACAAAAGAUACUCUUUCUUUGAAAUUCUUUCAGGAGUCCAGCUAUUAAAAUGUUACAUUUCUGCUAUAGAUUUUUCUUGAAAGAAAAGUUGCAUUCAUGUAAUUUUUUUCUGUAUUCACAUUUUGUUAAUACUAAGACUAUUUCAAUACAAGUUUACCUACAUAUCUUGCUGUUUGAAUGUAAAACUUUUGAUUCGGUUUUUUCCUAACAAAGUUCUUCAAACUGUUUCAUUUAAUAAAAAGAGGAAUAUCAACUUCAAAACGGAAUACAAAUAAAUCCUGAUUUUUAUGAAGGGUUCUUGAUGAUA